ACGCGCGGCAGCAGCAGCGGAGACAGCGGCAUAGAACCACCGGGAGAGACAGGUCCGACACCGAGACACGCGAGACGCCAACGGAUUCAACGAUUUCCCCCCCUAAACCACCGUUUUGUUUUUAAACGCUCGGUAUUGAAGAAGUGGGUUUACCGGGAAGUUUUUCUACUAACGGCAUGAAACCCGGUGCCGGGAGGAGAGCAUCGGUCUAAACUUCACGUGCGCUCGGUCCAGGUUAAUUUCGCCGACUUAUCUGCGUUUAUUGCCCCCAUAAAGAAGCUCGUUUUACCGGGCCGGACGGUGUUUUCUCUUGUUUGGCCGCUCGCGCACUCGCCGAAAAAGACUUUCAACUUUGUAAAAAAAAAAAAAAAAAAAAAAGCAUUCAGGUUUCCAGACGUUCACGAGAGGGAAGAAGAACCGCGAAGAGAAGGACGGACGCAGACGUGGAUGUAUCCGCAGCCAUGGAUGUAACCGUUUACCCGCCUCCUCCUCAGCCUCUGUCCGCCUCAGACCACACCAGGCUGGGGCAGCACUCCUACCCUGACCCGGCCUUCGGGACCAACAAGCUGGACGGGGACACCAUGUUCCUGGGUAUGCCGGAGCAAGGCCUUGACUACGCCUCAACCAAUCAGUUCCGUGUGCCGCAGCCCCCCCACCCCCCCCACCCCCUCAGCAAGGGGACGCCACCCAACCAGCCCAACCAGCACUGGAGGAGGGACACACACAUGGCCGACUCACACCGUCUGCCCUGGUCCUACUCAAUGGCCGGUUUGGGCGACGAGGACUUCAACAUCCCGCCCAUCACCCCCCCCACCUUGCCGGACCACAUGCUGCCCCCCCACCUCCCCCACGACUCCCGCUCCGGACCGUACCACCCCAUGGACGCCCCCUCCGGCCCCGCGCCGCACCACCCCUACCAGCUGCAGGGCAUGGACCUGCCCGGCAUGCCCGGCGGCCAGGACGGGGCGGCCAUGUUGAACCAAGAUGGCCGCACCUUCAGCCCGGAUGGCGGCCCGAUGGCCAGCACGCUGUCCGUGAUGCAGCAGAUGGUGAACUCUGAUUCUCGGUUCACCAGCAGCCAGCAGCCCAUCGAGGCGGCUCUAGGACCCAGGAGCCAAUCGGGCAUGAGCCAGCAGAGCCAGUUGUCCACCAUUAACCAAUCACAGCUCGGCCUGAGUGGGAACUCCGUUACCCACAACUCCCCCUCACCGCCGGGAAGCAAGUCGGCCACGCCGUCUCCCUCCAGCUCGGCACACGAGGACGACAAUGAGGACGGACUCAGGCUGGUCAGCGUCGCGGAGAAGAGGCCGGCAGCGGUGGACGUCUCCAAGAAGCCCAAGACGCCAAAGAAGAAGAAGCGAAAGGACCCCAACGAGCCGGUGAAGCCCGUGUCGGCCUACGCCCUGUUCUUCAGGGACACCCAGGCCAACAUCAAGGCCCAGAACCCCAACGCCACCUUCGGGGAGGUGUCCAAGAUCGUGGCCUCCAUGUGGGACGGGCUGGGGGAGGAGCAGAAGCAGUUGUACAAGAAGAGGACAGAGACGGCCAAGAAGGAGUAUCUGAAACAACUGGCAGCCUACAGAGCCAGUCUGGUCUCCCAGAGCUACAACGACCCGUCCGACAUGAAGCCGCCCCACUCCUCCUCCACCCCCCCCUCUUCCUCCAACUCCAUGUUCACACCCAAGCCCUCGGUCUACCCUGGUCACCCGGGCCAGCACCACUCCUCCGGCUCAAUGGCCCACCCCCACCCCCACCCUCACCCCCACCCUCACUCUCACUCUCACCCUCACUCCCAUCCUCACCCCCACUCCCACCCUUCCCAUCCCCACCAGCACCCGAACAUGUACAUGCCGUACCCUCACCCGUCCCACGCCUCCAGCCCCGGCCUCAGCCCCCACCUGCCCCCCCCUCCCCACACCCAGCUCCACCCCCAGCUGCAGGCUCUGUCCUCCAGAGAGAGCGGCCCGCGGCCCAGCGGCCCCCACCAGGGCGUGCUGUCCCUCGGCGGCAUGGCGGCGGCGUCCCCCCCCCCUCUCCAGGUGAGCCCCCCCCUCCACAGCCAGGCGCACCUAGGGGGGCUGCACAGUCCACACCACCAGCACCACCAGCACCACCAGCACCAGCAGCAGCUCAGUGGACACGCGCUGGGAAUGACACACUCGCCCGGCAUCCCGCAGGGUUACCAUGACUACCAGCAGCUCGGAGGAGGCAUGCUCAACGGAGGAGCGGUGAUGUCAUCAUCGGUGGACUACCACCAAAUGGCUCGACAUACGCCCAACCAGCAGCAACCCUCUCUGGACUGGGGUACCGAUUACCACGGCAACGGCAGCGGCCUGCAGAGAGACAAACCGCUCUACCUGAGCUAAUCAGGACGGACUCCAACCGAGCCCUCCGACUGCCAACCCCCGCCCCCCACACACACACACACACACACACACCAAAAUCCAGCUAGUCCAGCCCUGACCCACGGGGGACCCCACCACCUCCGAGCAGCAGACCAGCGGGUCGGCCCCGGGUCCCUCGCCUCGGGGCCGCGAGGCCCAGGGAGCAGGAGGCUGGUCUGAGAUCUGUUGUUGGCUGUAUUUGUUUUUUACUGACCGUUUACAGCACAAGAAAUGUUGUGCUUUGAAUUUUAAAUUGUGCAUACAAGCGAGGAGCGGCGGUGUGAUGAUGAUGAUGAUGAUGAUGAUGAUGAUGGGUGUAAAUACUCCAACCUCCCUCAGAAAGGAGACAGUCUGUCUAAUUUCCUGUCUGCUCUUAAAAAAGAAGAAAAGAAAUGAAGAAGAAGAAGAAGAGAGCCCCAUAUCUCGCCCCUCACUUUGUAAAGAUGGCGUUUACGUCAGUCCCAAAGGAGCCGAGUGUAAAUCGCUGUAACAUAGAUAGUUUGAGCGGUCGCUCUUUCUUUCCUUCUGACCUCGUAGUUUCUGUUCCUCCUCCAGGAACAACGGGCCGACAACCAAAUACCACGCGGCGUUCCAUAAAGACGGCGAGCGGCGAUGAAGAGCAGGGUGAUGAAGAGCAGGGUGGAAACUCACUUCAUUGUGUUUUAAAAGUCCUGCAAGUCAAUGAAAUGUCAACCACUUCUUUGUUGGAGGGGGAAAGAAGAAGAAAGGAGAAAAAAAGAAAAGAAACAAAAAUACUCCUUUGUACAUGACGCCUCCUCCUCCUCCUCCUGGCAUAUGUUCGCUGAUGAUGUCGAUUCGGAUCCAAACUGCACGUGCGUGUGAGUGUGUGUGAGUGAGUGUGUGUGUGAGUGUGAGUGUGAGUGAGUGUGUGAGUGAGUGUGUGUGAGUGUGUGUGAGUGUGAGUGAGUGUG